AAAUUAUUUUCCAUUCCAACAUUUCGUUUGCUAGCAUAGAGUGUAUAGCAAAAGCAAAGUAACAAUAUUUCCUCUAUUAAAAUAAGAAAAUACUUGAUGUAAAAUAUAAAUUACAGCGCACAUCGGAGCUGCAAUUAGAUUACAACGCCGUUCGCAAUUAGCACACACGCGCGCGUUAAGUGUUGGUCAACACUUUUGAAAUAUUAACGCUUGGUACAGCCAAGAAGAAGAACGAGCGUCGUUGAUCUUAUUCCUUUUUUUUAAUUGUUCGUGGAUAAAAUUUUCAAUUAAAUUUGAGUGGUUUGUUGUGUAAGUGCGUGAACAAAAGAUAAUAUAACCGAGAUGGAAAACUCGCGACGUUCGAUUGCAACCAACGAGGACAGUAUGAGCAUGUAUUUGUCCUUUGACGCUGACGAUACGCUUGCCAGCAAAUGGCAAUCUGUGAUGACAACAAGCCAGAGUCAGAGUCAUUACAUGGAGGUGCAGCAGAGCAUGCUGAUGGACCAAACACUCGAAGACCAUAAUAAGAAGUCGGUGCUCAAGUCACUGAUUCAAAAUGAAACGACGCGCGAUCAAAUUUCCCCAUUGCGUCCAUUCGAUCAGAGUCUGCUUAAUAAACAUAACGCUUUGUGCUCCACGCCCACUAAAAAUAAAACCCUUACCGAUGUGAACAACAAGGAGAAUACACAGCCCGAUAUGGAGAAUAACACAACACUAUCUUCGACCAUUGAUGGGACUGCGUCCACAGUGAAAAUCAACACAAUGCUUACUGAAACAAAUCCCACAAUCAAUGAGAUUUCGCUGCAGGAGAUAAGCAGCAAUAAGACUAACAAUGUUUAUCCAUUAAGUGCCGAUGUCUUGCUAGAAAACAUAACCGAAGUUUCAAAUGAGGAGACUUCAAUGACUGUGCCGUCGCCUGUAGAGGAAGUUCUCGUAGAAAAGCAGGAGUCAACAAAUGCUGUCGCUACUGACAUGAUCAACGAAGUGUCCGAGUUGAUUAACAAAGCCUUGAAGCUGACUGGCAGCUCCUUGAAGCCCCUGAAAGAACCAGAGCUGCCGCCUCAAGAGAAGUGCCAGCAAAAGCCGCUACCUACAGUUAAUUUACCACGUCCACGUCGCUCCUUUUUACCAACAGCCAGCGGCCAAACAUUCAAGCAACGCAUGUCAAUUGUGGUCAAGACGACGCUGAACAGUCCAGCACGCAAAUUGGCGGCCGCUAAUGCGAGUGGACGUCGCAGUUGCUUGCCCACUGCCAGGACAAGUAUGCUGCGCAAAUCCACAAUAGUACGCUCCACUGAAAGCAGCUGCAGCAGCAGUGUCAUCAGUGUACAGUCUUCGAGCAGCUCAAAAGUAGCUACCUUGUCUGCGAAGCCAUUUGCUCGCCCAUCGCUUGCCCCGAAACCCAAGACAGCUGCUGCCACUGCUCCCAAGUUCAAUUGUCAGUUGUGCAGCGCAACCUUUUUAGCUAAACAGCAAUUGGAAGUGCAUAUGCGUAAGCACUUGGAACAUAAGAAACCGGGCGUCUGCAAGUAUUGCGAUAAGAAAUUCCAACUGGAGCGUGCACUGCAUAUUCAUCUCAUGCAGAAUUGCCAGAAAAUACCGCCAGCCGAGAAGCGUAAACUUCAAUACACGGAACUCAACCAUGAGAAGAAGGCACAGCUGCCGAAACUAUUGCCACCCGAAACGCCAGUUUCCCACUGCAAGCCAACUAUAUCAGAUUCUUCGCUGGGUAGGAGGAGCAACAAAAAAGCUGUAGUCCCAAUGGCACCGCCGGCUAGCAAGAUGCCCAAGAAGGUGCCGCAUUCGGGUGUCUAUUGUACACCAACUAAACUGGUCCCAUGUCAUAGUUGUAAGCUAUCGUUUAAGAGCGUCCUUGACUAUACCAAUCACUGUCUCACUGUGCACUCCUCGAUGUCGUUGCACAGCCGCAAACCGGAGGCAGCCACAGCACCGAGUGCUCAACAAGAUUAAAUCAAAUAAUCAUCA